AUGCAGAUGCACCUUCUUUCUCAGCAGUUUCACACUAGAGAUACAGAAAACUCCACAGCUUGUCCAGCAAAUGCUACUAUUUGUGAUGGGGCAUCUUGUGUGCUACCAGAAAGUACUUUCAAUGAAACUUUGAGUGUAGUUUUAAGUACUGUUCUGACAAUCCUGCUGGCUUUGGUGAUGUUCUCCAUGGGUUGCAAUGUGGAACUUCAGAAAUUCUGGGGCCACAUAAAAAGACCCUGGGGUAUUUUUGUGGGUUUCCUUUGCCAGUUUGGAAUUAUGCCUCUCACAGCCUUCUUGCUGUCCCUGGCCUUUAAUGUGCUUCCUAUUCAAGCUGUGGUGGUGAUGAUCAUGGGAUGCUGUCCAGGGGGCACAGCCUCUAAUAUCAUCGCUUACUGGGUGGAUGGAGACAUGGACCUAAGCAUCAGCAUGACAGUUUGCUCCACAUUGUUUGCAAUGGGAAUGAUGCCACUUUGCCUCUUUCUUUACACCAAGAUGUGGACUGAUUAUGAUGCAAUUGUACUCCCCUAUGACAGCAUUGGAAUUUCACUGGUAUCUCUUGUAAUUCCUGUUUCAUUCGGGAUGUAUGUUAACUACAAAUGGCCUAGCAAAGCAAAAAUCAUACUUAAGGUCGGUUCCAUUGUUGGAGCAGUCCUCAUCGUACUCAUUGCUGUGGUUGGGGGAAUACUCUACAAAAGUUCCUGGGUUAUCUCACCCAAAUUAUGGAUCAUUGGCACCAUAUUUCCAGCAGCUGGCUAUUCUCUGGGAUUCGUUCUGGCCCGUCUAGCUGGUCUGCCUUGGCACAGGUGUCGUACAGUGUCUCUGGAAACAGGCAUGCAAAACACUCAGCUAUGUUCAACUAUAGUACAGCUCUCCUUCACUCCUGAACAACUUGAACUUAUGUUUACUUUCCCACUCAUCUACAGCAUUUUCCAGCUCUUGUUUGCACUGAUACUUUUAUUUGGCUACCGUGUUUACAGAAGACACCGGGUCAAAACAAAGACAGAUGUUGAGAAAACAGAGGAAAAAGAGGAUUCAAAAUCAGUCUCAUCACAUGCUAAAAUAAAUGGAGGAUUUGUAUCAAAUGAGACCAAAUAG